AUGACAGCAGCAACUUUUAAGCAGAUUUUAGCACAGAAUCUAUUACUCUCUGCACGUGAAAUGGGAUUGAUAAAUUUAUAUUCAUGCAAGAUAACGACCAAAAACAUACUACCUGACUUGAUGAAGAAUGACUUGAUGAAAAUGUCAUUGAUGUUUAAGAAUGGCCUCUACAGAGUCCAGAUUUAA